AUGAAAUUUGCAAAAGAAUUAGAGGAGGAGGCGGUCCCAGAAUGGCGGGUCAAGUACCUCAACUACAAGACUGGCAAGAAGAAGAUCAAGGCCGUCUCCCGUGCCCUACGAACCGUCAAUCGCACUCCAGCCACUCCCUUACGACCACCAUUGAACCCAGAAAACUCCUCGGAGCGCAUUCCAUUCACUCAUUAUGACUUUACAAGACCUACUCGCCCAAACACUGCUGCUACCAUUCAAUCAGUCCCGGAGGAGGACGAAAUUGGGCCGGAGGAAUAUCCAAGGGGUGCCACAAUUCGACGAGAGAGUCAGACAUUGUUUGCCCGUUCCCCACCAGUCCUGAUUCCCGAUCCUGCCUUUAGCAACGAGCCCAGUACCAAAAAUUCCCCAGAAAGACAGCCUCUACAGCAUGCCAAUGGUGUCGACGCAGGUGGUCGCCGUCAGAUGAAUUAUGGAAGCAUCGUCGGCACCCCACCCUCCGAAGAAACUCCCGGCUAUUUUGACACUCUUGAACUCCCAGAUCCUGCCUUGAGUCCCGCUCAGAGUCGGAAGUUGAAAGAGUCGGACGAGUCCCCCGCUAUUGGGCCUGCGUUGCCUGAGAGCGCCCAGCUCCCCGUCGAUGGUGCUCCUCCUGAUCCUGUCCCCUCUUCUGAUGCAUAUCAUGUUGGCCAAUCCACUCAUCCCCCAGAAAGAGGCGGCAGUCUAUCACAACGCAUGUUCAAGAAGAAACUUGCCGCCAAAAAUGCUUCCGGAAAACAGGCAUCGCAUACAUUUCCACGCUCCAGACUAAGGCGAAUCUUCACACCCCAUGUUUUGGAUUCACCAAAGGUGAAUGAUGUUCAGCUCAGCGCCUAUCGAGAUUUGGAUACUCGACAAGCCGAGUUUUUUAAUUUCUUGGACCAUGAGCUGGACAAGAUCGAAACCUUUUACAAGAUCAAGGAGGAGGAAGCGUCUGAGCGUCUGCGCGUCCUCCGCAACCAACUCCACGAAAUGAGGGAUCGCCGCAUCACAGACAUACAACGAGCAAGACAGCGUGGCCGUCCACCUGACGGGGGCAUUCUUAAUGGCAUCCUGCCUGCUACGCCUCUGCCCGGUGCACUUCUCAAAGAACAUGUUCACCCCAAGGGCAAUGGUGUCAAUUUCAUGCGCCCCUUGAGUGAUGCGUUGACUCGUGGUAGCACAAUCGGCAAAACUUCACAGGCUAUGAUAGGUCAAAGUUCGCCAAUUGGCCCACACGCUCAACAGCGUAUCAAAGAUGCCAAACAGGAUUAUGUUCGACAGAAGCAAGGCAACGACGUCCCGUACUUGUACGCCAAGAAGAGGUUGAAGCUCGCAUUGCAAGAAUUCUAUCGGGCCUUAGAGCUCCUAAAGUCAUACGCACUACUAAACCGAACAGGAUUUCGUAAAAUUAACAAAAAAUACAACAAAGCUGUUCAAGCUCGACCACCACUAGGCUACAUGACAGAAAAGGUCAACAAUGCUUACUUUGUGCAAAGCGACGUGGUCGACCAUCAUCUUACUGCCGUUGAGGAUCUCUACGCCAGAUAUUUCGAACGUGGUAACCACAAGAUCGCCGUCAGAAAACUCCGGUCAAAGAUAGGACCUGGUGACUUGUCAUCCACCGCCUUUCGCAAUGGCUUAUACGUCGCUGCCGGUGCAUGCUUUGGCAUUGCAGGCUUGGUUGAGGCUGCGGACCGAUUGUUUAGUCUUGAUCCGGUCAUGGCAGUCAAAACAGGCUACCUUCUGCAACUCUACGGAGGUUAUUUUCUCGCCCUGCUGCUCUUCUUGUUAUUUGUUCUCGACUGUAGGGUCUGGUCGAAAGCGCAUAUCAACUAUGUCUUCAUUUUCGAGUACGAUACACGACACGUGCUUGACUGGCGACAGUUGGCCGAGUUACCGUGCUUCUUCUUAUUCUUGAACGGAAUAUUUCUAUACCUUAAUUUUCGACAGAGCGAGGAAGGGUGGUUCUACCUCUACUGGCCCGUUGCCUUGAUUGCCAUAACGUUGGCCAUCAUGGCCUUUCCCGCCAAGUUCAUCUACUACCAAGCCAGGCGAUGGUGGGGCUACUCAAAUUGGCGUCUUCUUUUGGCAGGUUUAUACCCAGUCGAGUUUCGAGAUUUCUACCUUGGGGAUAUGUACUGCUCGCAAACAUACGCUAUGAGCCAAAUCGAGCUUUUCUUCUGUCUUUACGCCAAUGGAUGGAAUAACCCAGGUCAAUGUAACUCCAGUCAUUCACGUCUACUGGGCUUCUUCGCCGCCUUACCAGCUGUUUGGCGCGCCCUUCAGUGCCUCCGUCGAUACUACGACUCACGCAAUUGGUUUCCCCAUCUCGCCAACUUUGCAAAAUAUUGCUGCAACAUCCUUUACUACAUGACCCUAUCCAUCUAUCGCAUCGAUAAAACCAAUAAGCAUAGAGCGGUCUUCAUAUCAUUUGCAUUGGUAAAUGGGCUCUACUGUUCCUUCUGGGACGUUGCCAUGGAUUUUUCCCUCGGCAACCCUUGGGCCAAGCACCCCUUUCUCCGCGACCACCUUGCCUACAAGAAGAUCUGGGUUUAUUACUUUGCUAUGGUUGCAGAUGUGGUGCUGAGACAACAGUGGAUAGCUUAUGCAAUCUUCACUUCUGAUCUUCAACAUUCUGCGAUCAUGUCCUUCAUCGUCAGUUUGGCAGAGGUACUGAGGAGGGGCAUGUGGAGCCUUUUCCGCGUGGAAAAUGAGCACUGUAAUAAUGUUGACAAGUUUCGUGCUUCAAGGGAUAUCACGCUUCCGUAUGAGAUUGGUGCCUCACCAGAGAUCGCACAGAAAUCAUCGACCAGGAAACAGGAGGAGGGACGAUCCACAGAAACACCACAGAUUCCUGCAGAAUCAACCCCAGAGGGGAGACCUGAGCUUCAUCUCGCAACAGGUGCUGAUAUUGAACGAGCAGAUACUUCAUCAUCAUCUCUUCGCCCACGCAGGACGCCUCAGGGUGUCACCCUGGGGACUCCACGAACACCAGGCUUACGAGCUCUUGCACGUGUGGGUACAUUCAUUGCAUCCGCCCAUUCGCAAGAUUUCGUCAAGCGCAGGAAUCCAGAAAGGGACGGUCCCGCUGGUCAUGGAGGUUCGGAAUUAGGAAUUGCAGCUGUUGGUGGCAGUAGCGAUGAUGACGAUGAUGACGACGACGAUGACGACGACCUGAGUGAGGGAGACGAGGAGAGGCGAUUACAGAACGAGAGAAACGAAGAAGAAUUGGCGCAAGUAAACCAGUUGGUCGGACAUGCUAGAGAAGGGCUCCCUAGGAGAUAA